UUAAUCCUAUUAGUCUAAUUAAGCUUACCCAACAAGCCGGCACACUAGGUCUUUCUACAGAGCAAAGGUUUCAAACAUUGUCUUGAUUUUAUGAGAGGUCAAACGGAGACCCCAGAGCGCACGAUUCAGUUUCAGGUCAUCGGUUAGUCCACGUCCUUCGUCCUGGCUCCAACAUCUCUGGCGAGGAUGCUGCUUCGUCGGACGCUGUGGGCCGGUGCGCCCUGCGCUGCGCUGCGUCAUGGCGCUGCGCGUCUGACUUACAGCACUGCAGCACAGCCACAGGUGAAGCCAAAAAAGACCAAAUUUGGUCCUCUGAGUGACCAAGACCGGAUAUUCACAAACUUAUAUGGCCGUCAUGACUGGAGACUGAAGGGAGCACUCAAACGCGGAGACUGGUACAAAACUAAGGAGAUAAUACUGAAAGGGCAAGACUGGAUCCUGAAUGAGGUGAAAAUCUCUGGGCUGCGGGGCCGAGGAGGAGCCGGGUUCCCCACUGGCAUGAAAUGGAGCUUCAUGAACAAGCCCAGCGAUGGCAGGCCUAAGUACCUGGUGGUGAAUGCUGAUGAGGGGGAGCCAGGGACAUGUAAAGACCGUGAGAUAAUGCGUCAUGACCCCCAUAAGCUGAUAGAGGGCUGCCUGGUGGCUGGGAGGGCCAUGGGGGCCCGUGCUGCAUACAUAUACAUCAGAGGAGAGUUCUAUAAUGAGUCAUCCAAUCUGCAAGUGGCGAUUAAUGAAGCAUAUAAAGCAGGGCUGAUAGGGAAGAAUGCCUGUGGCUCGGGAUAUGAUUUUGACGUGUUUGUGAUGCGAGGAGCGGGAGCUUACAUCUGUGGGGAGGAAACAGCCCUCAUUGAGUCUCUGGAGGGCAAGCAAGGGAAACCCCGUCUCAAACCACCAUUCCCUGCUGACAUUGGGGUAUUCGGAUGCCCGACAACCGUUGCCAACGUGGAGACGGUUGCUGUGGCACCAGCAAUCUGUCGUCGGGGUGGUGCUUGGUUCGCCAGCUUUGGGAGGGAGAGGAACUCCGGAACGAAGCUGUUCAAUAUCUCCGGUCAUGUGAACACGCCAUGCACGGUGGAGGAAGAGAUGUCUGUUCCUCUGAGAGAGCUCAUAGAGAGACACGCAGGAGGAGUGAGGGGCGGCUGGGACAAUCUACUGGGAGUAAUCCCAGGGGGCUCCUCCACUCCCAUCAUCCCUCGCCAUGUAUGCGAUGAUGUUCUGAUGGAUUUUGAUGACCUGGUGCGUGCAGAGACUGCCCUGGGCACUGCUGCCGUCAUUGUCAUGGAUAAAUCGACUGAUGUGAUCCGAGCCAUUGCACGUUUGGUUGAGUUCUACAAACAUGAGAGCUGUGGCCAGUGUACCCCCUGCAGAGAGGGAGUGGACUGGAUGGAUAAGAUGAUGUGGAGGUUUGUGAAAGGCGAGGCAGCGGUCUCAGAGAUCGACAUGAUCUGGGAGCUGAGCAAGCAGAUAGAGGGACAUACCAUCUGCGCCCUGGGGGACGGAGCUGCCUGGCCUGUACAGGGACUGAUCCGACACUUCAGGCAAGACAUGGAGAACCGCAUCGCUCAGUAUAACAAGAAGAACCCCCCCAGAGAGCCAGAGAUUGAGAUGGUCUGAAACUGAAAACAGGCUGAUUUUGGCACCCAUUGCUCCAUAGCAAUGCUAUUCCUUACUGACUGACUGGCUCAUAAAGCUCUGUGAUGCUAUACAUGGAUAAUUUGUGCAGUUUCAAAAGUUCUUACGGUGCAAAUCUUAUGAUCUCUAAAUACAAUGUACACAGUGUUUGUCUUGCAAUAUCUUCCAAUAUGCCGUCAUUGCAUUAAACAUAGCAAACAUGUUGGCUAGUGUUUGGCCAGCAGUACUCCUUAGAUUUAGGUGACACUCAGUCACUCAGGAUCACGUUCAUCUAUAGGUGCGCUCCAUUUUUGUGCUGACUGGCAAGGGCCAUGAAAACAAAUGAACACGCCAAUUAUUGGCUCUUUAUCAAAGCAAAUUUAGCUACAACAUGUGCCGUCAGAUGGGUUGACAAAUCUGGCAUAUGCCGUUAAAAUUAUGGAGCACGACUAAUCAUUCUGGAAGCAAGUUUGACCAUCUAUUACCCACCAUAUUGAUGGAUGGUUCAUUUGAUAUGCAUCUAAAAUGCAGCUUAAACUGUACUAUUAAGUUCGCUGCAUGCACAGUUGUUCAGUUCUCUUGCCAGUUAUCUGUUCGUUAUUUAUGACUCUGCUCAUUUUGCUGACAUUUUAAUUGUGAACUGAAUUUCUCUCGGAGUUCCACCGACACUUGGUGCUUCCUAAUCCGGCUCCUACUGCACGGAUCUCUGUAAACGCCGGCACCACUAGUCGGUGUUCCCUGACACGCUGUAAUAAACAGAGAGGCUGUAGGGUGCUUUGCAUUUAUGAUGUUGUGUGUUCUUGUUAUAUCAACCUGCAGCAGCAACUAUUUGUAAAUGAAUUUAUCCUGAGUGACCAUA